UGUGUGUGUGAAACCUCCCUUCCAGGUUUUUCUAUGUGACUUUUCUUUGUUAACCCCACCCAGGAAGCCCACAGAAGGACAGACUGCUCCCUUCUCUGCUUUUGUUAACACUGUCCCUUCCAGCCACGAUACCAUUUCUCCUCUCCAAGAUCACAGCCUAAUAUUACCUUUCUCCAUCCGACAGAUGCCUGAGAGAGCCACUUUUCUUCACAGGCUCUGCACAUACAUGACCCUCGGGAUAGAGAAGAAAAGGACAAGGUUAGAGCCUUCAGGAGCUCCCAGCUGACACCCUACAGAGCUUUUUAUCAUUUGCAAGUAAUUUCCCACCCAGUUCCCACGAGCAACACUCACCUCGUGGUUCCCAUUCUGCAGAUGAAGAAACUGAGGCUCAGAAAGUUACAAAGUGGCUCCCAAGUUCUCCUUUCUAUUAUAGUGCAAGGUAUUUAGGUGCUGCCGAAAAGGAAUGAGCAAGAUGCCGAUUAAGGGGGCUACUGUCUUUGUGAAGGUCCUAAGUUAAGGCAAGACUCAGAAUGGGGCCGCAGACUCUUAACUGGCCCCUAGGGUCUCCACCAGGUUUAUGUGGGCCUGGGUGUGUCCCAUUCAGGCUCAGCGAGACUGGAGAGAACACCAGGUGACCUGAGCACACAACCUGAGAGUCCUAGGCCCUAAGAACUGAGAAUACUGCCCUCUUCCCACAACCCCUCACCCCUGCCCCACAGCAGCAGCAGCAGCAGCAGCAUCAGCUCAAAGGUGGGCAAAGGUGGGAGACAACGAGUGUUGUGCUAAAGAAUGGAGAGGGGGAGGGCAGAGUGGUGAGGAGCAAAAGUAGGGACAAAUAGCCUGUGAUCUGAGCCUUGGGCAUGACCACUAGUUGUCACGCACAGGUGUACUUUCCUGAUGUGAAGAUGUGGGAGCCAGGAGAUCUGAGUUUUUAUCCCAGCGUGCUGUGUAACCCUGGGAAAGCCCCAACCCUCUCUGAGUCUCUCCUCCUCAGAUCACUCCAGACUCUCAAGACCCUGCAGCUCUCAAUUGAUACUCUCUCCCCUCCCCCCAGGUGACCUCCACUUCCUCUUCCUUUUCUUACCUGCAGGGUCCAGCCCCUCCUCCUCAGCUCCAGCUGCUGCCUGACUUUCUGAACUUAAGGCCUCCAGCCUCCUCUGCCCUCUGACUCAGGCAGCCCUGACCUUUGGGAUCAGACUGGGUGGUUUUGCCCCAUGAACUUGCUCUGACCCUUGGCAUGUCCACCUGUCUUCCUCCUCCUCCACUGCACACACCUGUCCCUAGUCCUUGAGCAGCCCAGGAACUGCUAGGGACCAGGUUUCUUUAGAGAAGGUAGCAGCACCGAGGGCCUUCACAUCCAGAAUUAGAUGGCCCAAGGAGUCUGGGCAGAUGGAGACAGCCUGUCCACCCCUCCAGCCCCUCUCUCUGCAGCAUACCAUUCCUGGUUGGGAACACUCCACCCUAUCCCACCUCCCAGGCUGUUCAGGCCUGUCUUAGUGAGGGAGGUUUGCCAAAAAGGUUUAGGUACCCACUGAGACCACUUACCAACCCCAUUCCCGGCAUACUAUAGUGAUGGAGAAAUCACCCCUUCCUCAGACACAGGUGGUACCCUAACAGGGACUGAGAUACAUUUGUCUGGAAUUUGCCCUCCGGGGCCGCACUGAGAUGCCGGGACAGACUCAGGAGCCCUUCCCCAGCUCCCUAAUGCAACUAGUACCUGCCAAGGGAGCCAGAACACCUACCGCGUGCCAGAUAUCUUAAUACAACCUCUUCCAAGCCUUUACACCACUACCACUACGAUGUAAUUCCACUUUUACUAAAAUAAGGAAACUGAAGCCCAACAAGGUCAAGAGGCAUGCACGAGGCCACGUAUCUAGAAAGUGGCAACGAAUGAAUGAUCUAACGGAGUGAAUGAAGGCGUGUGCUGGGCGCGCUGAGCCACGGCUCAGGGAUGCGGUGGGUACAGACGGUGCGCAGCACGCACGGCCGUGUUCUUGUAGACUUGGCCGCCUCAGGUCCUCCGCACACCCGGGGCCCAGGGGAUCGCGGGUUCCCAGAGGCGCGGCCCGGCUCAGCCUACACCGCGCCGGCCGCCCCGCCCCCGCCCCGCCCCCAGCCCGCCCCGCCCGGGACCGCAGACGGCGCCCAGCGGCGGCGCGAACGGCCGCGAGGAAGGUGGCUCCGGCCUCGGUGCUCUCCGCGACUACCCGCUCAGGGCCCGGCCCGACAAGGACCCGCCGCCUCCACAGGGCGGAGGAUGCGGCCGCAGCCCACGGCAGCAGCAUCGAGAAGCCUGGCGCCCUGCAGGUCAGCAAUUGAGUAGCUGGGGCCCCUGAGGGCUUGAAGCCUUCACAGUGAUGGCAGAGAAGCGGCCCCUGGGGACCCUAGGGCCUGUGAUAUAUGGCAAGCUGCCCCGCCUAGAGGCAGACUCCGGACCUGGGCACAGCCUAUCCUCUUCUGUUGGUAACCAGGACCCCUGCAGCUACAAGGGUGCCUACUUCUCCUGCCCUAUGGGGAGUGCUCCCAAGGCAGGGUCUGAGCGGUUGGCAUCUUGGACCCCAUAUCCACCGUUGUACCCCACCAGCAUGGCAGGACCCCCUCUUCGGACAGACAGCCUGUUGACCAGUUGCCUGCUGUACCGCCCAGCAGCAGAAAGCUCUGAGAAGGUGCAGGACCCUGGCCCUGUUGAGCUCCUGCCCUUUGGUCCCCAAUCUCAUUCCUACCCAGGCCCACCGUUGGCAGCACCCAAACCUGUCUACCGCAGCCCUCUGUGUUACGGGCUCUCAGCUUGCCUGGGGGAUGGGGCAGCGAAGAGGCCACUGGAUGUUGACUGGACGAUGGUGACCGGACCCCUCUUACCCCCGGCUGACCCGUCUUGUUCUCUGACCCCAACUCCUGGCAAGGGCCAGUCCGUAGAUGGCACCUUCUUGCGUGGUGUGCCAGCUGGAGGAUCUGGCAAGAAUUCAGUGAACUUCUCCUCGUGCCAGGCAUUUCUGGAGAAGUAUCAGACCAUCCACAGCACAGGCUUGCUGGCCUCCAAAUAUGCAGGUCCUUACCCUGGGGACCCCAAGCAGGCAUUGUCUGAUGGACCUCCCAAUCCAUGGACCCAGCUGGCCCAACCCCUGGGGCCAGCCUGCCAGGAUACAGUGCCUACCCACUACCCGCUCCCUCACCCUCCACAGGCCCUGCCUUGCCCACCAGCCUGUCGCCACCCGGAGAAGCAGGGGAGCUACAGCUCAGUGCUUCCCCUACAGCCUCUGGGAGCCCACAAGGGGGCUGGGUACCCAGCUGGUGGGCUGAGCAGCCCUUACCUGAGGCAGCAGGCUGCCCAGGCACCCUAUAUGGCCCCAGUGGGCCUGGACACCUUUUCCUAUUCCUCUGCCCCACUCCCCGCACCCUCACCAGGCCUCAAGCUGGACCCACCUCUUGCUCCCCGGUGUCCAAUGGACUUUGCCCCCCAGACACUGGGCUUUCCUUAUGCCCGGGAUGACCUCUCUCUCUAUGGAGCAUCCCCAGGGCUUGGAGGGACGCCGCCUUCCCAAAACAGUGUACAGGCUGUGCCUUCCAGUGUGCAGCCCAGUGCCUUCCAGCGAGCAUGCCAGUCCCUGCCUGCCAGCCAGCCCUGCUCAGAGCCCGCAAGGCCUGCGGAGAAGCCAGUCCAGGAAGCAGAGGAGAAGGUGUGGCUGCCCAGCUGCAGGAAAGAGCAGCUCCAGCCCCAGCUCGAUGAGCACCCUGGGGCACCCAUUGUCAUUGGGGAUAGCCCGGUUCCACGCACCCCUCCGGCGCUCCCACCAUGCGCCCAGGAGCGCCAGUCUCUGCUGCAGAACAAGGGUGCACUGCCGCCCGGCUCUCCACCGAUGCCGAUUAUUGACAAUGUCUUCAGCUUGGCCCCCUACCGUGACUAUCUGGAUGUGCAGGCUCCCGAGGACUCGCCUGAGCCUGACCCAGCCCCAGCCCCCAGUGAGAGCCCUGCCAAAGACUGUGGGGGGACCCUGCCUGCCCAGGAGGCCCCUUCAAAGGCUCCCUGCUCACUUAGAGAGGAGGUGGCCCUGGACUUAAGUGUGAAGAAGCCCUCGGCAGAGGCUCCUGUCCGGGUUCCUAGUCCUGAGGUGCGUGCCAGGCCCACGGCAGCCCUGGAUGUGCCAGGUGUGGGGAACACAGUCUCGGAUCUGCCAGAGCUGGAAAAGAUAGUCACGGAAGCACCAGGGCUGCCCGGGGUGCCGGCAGCCACCGAGGCCACCACCCCAAGGACCAACUUCCACAGCUCCGUGGCCUUCAUGUUCCGAAAAUUCAAGAUCCUCCGGCCAGCACCUCUGCCAGCAGCUGUGGCCCCAUCGGCGCCCACCCCAGCCCCUGCGCCGGCCCAAGCUGUACCCACCCCCACGAGCAUGCCCCUUGGUCUCCAGAUUCUCACGCAGCCCUUGCCAGUGGCCUGCUUCAACGUGGCGCUGCCCAGUCCUCCCGCUAUGGCCGCGGCCCCCACUCCCGCGCUGGCCCCCUUGCCUGCCCGGACCCUGGCCCCGACCCCGACUUCAGCCUCUCCCCCAGCCCCAGCAGACUCUCCAGAGCAACGCUUCACGGGCCUGCACGCAUCCUUGUGCGAAGCCAUCUCGGGCUCAGUGGCACACUCUCCGCCUGAGAAGCUGCGGGAGUGGCUGGAGACCGCGGGGCCCUGGGGCCGAGGGGCGUGGCAGGACUGCCAGGCUGUGCAGGGGCUGCUGGGCAAGCUGCUGUCGCAGCUGCAGAGCUUCGUGUGCACGCAGCGGUGCCCCUUCCCCCACGUGGUGCGCGCCGGCGCCAUCUUUGUGCCCAUCCACCUGGUGAAGGAGCGCCUCUUCCCCCGGCUGCCGCCCGCCUCCGUGGACCAUGUGCUGCAAGAGCACCGCGUGGAGCUGCGACCCACCACGCUGUCUGAGGAGCGUGCGCUGCGUGAGCGGGCCCUGCACGGCUGCACCUCUCGCAUGCUCAAGCUGCUGGCACUGCGCCAGCUGCCCGACAUCUACCCCGACCUGCUGGGCCUGCAGUGGCGGGACUGUGUCCGCCGCCAGCUGGGUAACUUUGACACUGAGGCUGGAUCUGUGCCCUCCUCAGAACCCACCAUGGCCAGAGAUGAGCCGGAGAGCCUAGCCCUGGCCUGGAAGUCACCUGUCCCCAAGGCCAGGAAGCCAGGGAGGAAGCCACCAACCCCUGGCCCGGAGAAAGCAGAGGCAACCGCUGGGGAAGGGUCCCAUGGUACCUCCCCUACUCCUGCUGCCAGCACCAGACCCCCCGGCCCCACACUAAGAGCCCGCUUCCGCAGCCUCCUGGAAACCGCUUGGCUCAGUGGCCUAGCACUCCCCACUUGGGGCCACAAGGCCUCAGGGCCGGACCGGUCUGUGCCCCACCCACAGGUGCUGGGUGGCCAAAGCCAUCACCUAUAGCCUUGGUGGCUGUUUGGACAGCUACUGUAUGGGGGUCACUUUCUGGACCCCAACCUUUUUGUAAGGCCAGCUGCCCAGGGCCAGGAGUGGACAUGCCAUUGGAGCUUCUCCUGCUCUGCUGCCCCCCACCCCCACCCCGCAGUGGGCUGAGAGCCCCUGAACUUUUUACUUGAGGGCCUUUAUUAUUAGAAAGGACUACUUCCUGUUUCUUCUUAGAGAAAAUGUGUGGGCUUUGGAGCUCAACAGACUUGGGCUUGAAUCCUAGCUCCUGUGUUCUUGCUGUGUAACCAGGCAAGUCACUUCCUCCCUUGAGCCCUCAGUUCUCAGUUUGUAAGAUAGGACAACGCAGCCUACCUCACAGGGUUGUUGUGGGGGUGAUGCCUGACACACACCCAUUAAGGUUUGCUCUCUGCUCCCUCCCCAGGACGGGGGCCUAGAUCCCAGCCAGGGCCUAGAAUAGGAGGCUAAGGCAAGUAGAACCUUCUAGAAAGUCUUUUUGUGUCAUAGGACUUGGUUAUUUAGGGUGGUACAGUGUACAGUGUGUAUGACUUAACACUUUCUAGAGUCAUUUCCCAGGAAAGCCUGGGGCUAUGCCCUAACAUCUGGGGUUGGGCCCUGACCCCCCCAGCCUGGAAGCUCUCUGGGGAGCCUGCCCCUUCCCUCCUUCACUACAGGGGGUGCCCAGAUACAGCCUGGGGCUGGCAUCCUUGUUCUGGGCCUGCUGCUUUCACCUCUGGGAGGCCCCAGGCCUGUCCUGAAUUGAUACCAGUGACUUCCCUGAGCUGCCUUGUCCACCCUGGUGCAUCUUCCUGAGAAAGUGGUAUGUUUGCUAGAAGCCAAGCAGCUGCAGGGACUCAGGGACUAGACAAGACAGGCUGAAUGACAGCUGGAUCCUGGGAGGUCUCCGAAGAUACGGACUGGGGACCCUGGCAUUCCCCAAGCCAGAGCCCCAUCAGUCACGCCUGCUAUGAGUGACCUCCUUGCAGAGUACUAAACUGAGCCAGAGGCUGGCAAGCUGGGCCCUUGGCCUGGCUAAGGUUUGUAAGAAGGCUGUGGGCCCGGGAGGCAGGCCAUUAAACAUUAAAGCAUUUGGGUUGUUUUUGGACCUGA